GGGUGGCAUUUUGGGGUCAAAUUUAUAGCCCUUGGGGCAUAAUUCCAAAUUGUUCUCCAAAAUAAUUGUAAUGAUUCACAACUCCAACAGUGUAUUGAUGUCUCAGUUUUCCCACGUCCCUUCUAACAUAUAUCAUUUUUCCUUUCUCUCAUAACUCAGACAUUCUUCAAGAACAAGAAGCAAUUCUGAUGCAUCUUAUGUUUCUCUCCUAGUGUCACUUUGGGGAUAACAUUUUCUUAUCUGUAAAAUGAGCAGGAGAAGGAAAUAUAAAGAAAAAAUGUUAUACAUUUCUUAUUUUGGAGGCAGCUGGGUAGCUCAGUGGAUUGAAAGCCAAGCCUAAAGAUAGAAGGUCAUAGGUUCACAUCUGGCCUUAGAUGCUUCUUAGCUGUAUGAUGCUGGGAAAGUCACUUAACCUCCAUUGCCUAGCCAAUACCAAUCUUCUGUCUUGGGAACCAAUACACAAUAUUGAUUCUAAGAUGGAAGAUAAGGAUUAAAAAAAAUAAAUUACUAAUGUCAAAUUAUUAAUAAAUUUCAUGGAUCUAAACCUCAGUAUUUAUAGAGGCAAUGAUUAUCCAUUGAAUGAAGGGAUAGCAAUUCUUUUCCCAACUAGAAGAUGUUAAAAUAUAUCUUCCAUGAUUUAUGAGUGGCAUUGCUAUUUCUGCAUGUUGUUGGAAAUACAGAAAAUAACUUGCCAAUAAAGUAAGAAUUCCAUUCAUCUCACAGUUAUUUAUUUACUUGUUCACUGGGUACUAACUAGCACUAUGCUUUACUGUCACUUCAUUAGUUUUGUCUUCAACGAAUUUUUUUAAAGACUCCAGAAGGCUGAGAAAUAGGAGAGAAAGUGAUCUGAACUGGAGGGAAAACUCUGGCUUCUAUCUGGUGAUCUAUCUAUAUCUUCACACAUAUAUACAUACAUUUAUGCAUUCACAUAUGAACACCUACAUAUAUAAAUUCAUAGAUAUAUGUGUCACAAUAUGUAUGUGAGUGUAUAUAUAUAUAUAUAUAUGUAUGCAAGAAUAUGAAGGAUGACCGUCUAGCCCAAUAAGAAGGAGAAGUAACCUUAUCUCUUGAUUUUCCUUUACUCAUACAUAAAAGAAAGGAUUGAAUUAGUACUCUAAGAUCCCUUCCAUGUACAAAACUCUCUGACUUAGGUGAACAUAAAUAUGAAAACUAGUUUGUAUUACAUACAUGUGUAGCAAACAGCUAUUUCUAAUGUCUAUAACAGCUAUAUGAAUCAUGAACAUUCCCAGAGGGAUUUAAGAAUAUCUUUAUCUUUCUUCAAAAUCUAUGCAAUGCCUAUGUUGUGUUCUUAGCCAAAGGUUGUUCAAAUUUCACCUUCUGUUCCUAGUUAGAAACAGUAAGAGGAGGAAAACAGUCAUAAAGCAGUAACUAUAUAAGAGAUUUCAGAGGGCAUUUUGUCCAAUAACUUUAUAUAUAUAUAUAUAUGUAUGUAUGAGUUCUUAUUCCAUAAUUCCUAAUCAUAGUAUCAUCCAUCCCUGGCUAGAACACUGUAAGUAAAGGGUAAUUUACAACCUCAUAACCCAGUCUACUCUAAUAUCAAAUAGGAUUAAAACAACUUUUUGUAAGUUAAGUCUUAGCUUCUGCUCUUAGAAAAAUACAUAAAAAGUCUCCGCCCUAACAUUGUCUUUUGAGGAUGAGAAGAUAUUAGUGACCUAAAUAGCAGUUUUUCUUAUUUAUUUGCUUUUUUCAUUUCAGGGAAUGCCAUCUCUCAUUCCAAUUGUAGUUCUUUUCUAAGUCACAGAUGUCUACUCUCAACAUCACUGAGGACGAAAUUUCUACCUUUUUCCUCACUGGAAUCCCAGGAAUGGAGCAUGUGCACAUUUGGAUAUCCAUACCCAUCUGCCUUAUAUACAUCAUUGCUGCUCUUGGCAAUUCUACCAUCCUCAUCCUCAUCAAGACAGAACCUUCUCUCCAUGAACCCAUGUACUAUUUUCUCUCCAUGUUGGCUUUUUCUGAUCUUUGCCUAUCUUUCUCUUCCUUGCCAACUAUGCUGAGAAUCUUCCUGUUCAAUGCUACAGGUAUCUCCACUGAUGCUUGCAUUGCCCAGGAGUUCUUCAUUCACACAUUCACUGCCAUGGAAUCCUCUGUGCUUGUAAUCAUGUCUUUUGAUCGUUUUAUAGCCAUUCGCAACCCACUAAGAUAUAGCUCCAUUCUCACAAGUGUCAGAGUUGUGCAAAUUGGGUUAAUCUUUGCUAUUCGAUGUUUCAUAUUCAUACUCCCAUUCCCCAUCACCUUAAGAAAGUUAAGAUAUUGCAAGGGGAAUCACCUUUCUUAUUCCUACUGUCUCCAUCAGGACAUAAUGAGACUUGCCUGCUCUGAUAACAGGAUUAAUGUUAUUUAUGGCUUCUUUAUUGCUAUCCUAAGUAUGUUGGACUUUUCAGUUAUUGUAAUGUCUUAUGUGCUGAUUUUGAAGACAGUUUUGGGUAUUGCCUCCCAUCAGGAGCGUUUGAAGGCACUCAACACCUGUGUGUCCCAUUUCUGUGCUGUGCUCAUCUUCUACAUGCCAAUCAUAAGUCUGUCCAUUGUCCAUCGCUUUGCCAAACAUGGCUCCCCAAUCAUUAGGAUUCUCAUUGCUGAUAUAUUUUUGCUAGUUCCUCCACUGAUGAAUCCCAUUGUUUACUGUGUGAAGACCAGGCAGAUCCGGGAGAGGGUUCUAGGGAAGUUAGGACUAAAGAAGACCUAGUGAAGAUGCCAGUCAUUCCUGUUAGAAUCUCUCUUUAUGCUAUACUCACAAAAAAUUAUUUAAAUGCUUUUCAAUAUGUGUAUAUUGGGGCAACACACCAAGACUAAUCUCUUAUCUAGCAAGGAGAAAUCCUCUAAAACAUAAUACCGAAACAAGAACUUUCUGAAAACAGAUUUCUGAAUUCUGGAAUAUUGAAUUUUCUCCCUGACCUCUUCUGUUUUGUAUAAAAUUUCAUUGGUUCUAUUUUGUAUAUAUCAUCUUUGUAUUAUCUUUGCCUUUAUUUCUUCUGAAUAAGGUUUGAGGAGUUGAAGAUGACUCAACUGUUGUGAAUGUGAGUAAUU